AUGGAACUCAACCGUGUGAUACACAUUUUGGAGGAUCCAUUUUCAAACACUCUGGAAGAGAGACAUCUCUUUGUCCUGAAGAAAAUGGUAAAAAGAUACCAGAAUGGCUUUCUUCUCAAAGAAAUAGCUGAUGUUUUCAAGAUUUUAAACCUGUGUGUAGAGAAGGCUGAAGAUCAUUCUCAGUACACCUUGGUAAUGUGCGACAUACUGAAGAUAUGUGGGCUCCCUCUCCUGAAAGAGAAGACCUCUGAUGAGAUGUACUAUGCCACGGUAGUACAGGAGUCACUCUCCCAGAUGGGUUACCUGAUGAGAGUGCCGAGCGCUGACGUCCGGCUGCAGAUAUGCUCCUCCAUUACGUCCUUCUUCGGGGUCCAGAAGUCCAGAGCUCAUGUGGAGGGGUUCUGCCCUGUUAGCCUUGGGUUCCGGGUGCAGAUGGUGGAGCAGAGCGGGGUAGCGGAGAUUCUUGUGCUUUCCAUGGCCCUGCUGGAAAACCAGGUUGGGGUCAGGCUGCAUGUUCUGAAGACCCUGCAGAUCCUCUCCAACUCCUCCGUGGUGAACUGCAGUAAAAUGGUGAAGGCCCAGGGUGCCAGCAAAAUCUGCAGCCACAUGAGUGAGCCCGACCCCUGGGGACAGUUGCUCUUCCGCUCCUUGGAGCUCCUCUGGAACAUGCUGGAAAAAGGCGGAAAAGAUGAGGCCACCUCACAACUCAGUAACAUGGACUGCAUCACGGCUUUGAAGGAUGCUCUACAGCACCAGUUUCUGAAUGCCUUUCAGCAGGCUGACCAGCAGCUUCGGAAUGACUUGCUGGUGAUAAUAACUCUAAUAGCUGACAAUCCAAACGCUCCCUUGAUUGAGAGUGGAUUGGCAAAGCUGCUCGUCCUAUUUGCUACAUUCCCUGAAAUAAAGAGCCAUAAUCCACUCGUUCGAAAUCUCAAGCUGUCUUUUAACUACGAAGACUUUGAGAUGAAGAGGUUGCUGUUGAAUGCCAUUGUUGUCAUGUCAAGGGACAUAUCCUCUUUGCAGCUGUUCAAAGAGGGCCAGGUUCUGUCCGCCCUGCUGCUCCACCUGAACCCUGGCGAGAGAUCGGGUGUGCCUGGGUGGACCCCGGUCCAGCAGGGGGAGCUGCAGCUGCACGCCCUGGCCACCAUGCAAUCUGUCGCCCCCUUGCUGCUGGAGGACUACGUGACCUGCCAGGGGAACACCCUGCUCCUGCUGCUGAUGGACAGGUGCACAAAGCAAGGCCAAACUGAUGCCUGCUCUGGACAGGGCGGUUGGCUUGGAAACGGAGUGACGGGUGACACAAAGGCCCAGCUGCACGGCUGUGUGAGGGUACUGAGAGCCAUGGUGUCUCUGGGAAGUGACAUCAUCAACCAGGACCUCUGUGACCAAGGAGCUAUCACCCAGUUCCUGGAAACUUUAAUGCAGUUGGAAUCGUCUAACAAAGAAGAAGCUGCAAUCACCAUAGAAAUCAUGACUGACCUUCAGCAAAUUCUGUCGCUGCUUUGCGAGAACGAUCUUCACAGGAAGGAGCUGUUUGGGUCAGGUGGAGUGGACAUGCUGGUCCAUUUCCUAAAGACCAGCUCUGGAAAGUUCUACAGUGGCCUGGGACAUAACAAGCUCGUCCUCUCCACUGUGGACUGCGUCUGGUCCUGCGUUGUUGGAUGUGACACCACCGAGGACAUAUUCCUGGAAAAGGAGGGGGUUUUCCUUCUGCUCGAUUUACUUCACUCGGGUCCAGGAAACAUGCACGGCGUGGUGCUGGGGACUCUGCUGGAGCUAUGUGACAACCCCAAAACCCUGUCCCAUGUCCACACCUGGAGGGGCCCGAAGGGGCUGACCGUGGCUGCCCUGCUGCUGCUCCUGUGGAGGCAGGAAGAGAGGGAGCUCUGGGCCGGGCACGACCGAGACAUGUCCACUGCAGAUUCCACCAGUCCUCGUUCGGUGGUGGAUGACGUGGACCCGGUACCUGCUGACCGACCCACUGCGGUGGUGGUGGACGUAUCAGACAGCCUGCAGUCCAAGAUCUAUUCCGUUUUCUCCAAGCUGGGUUUUGAAGACUUGCCUGGAUUAACAACUGAAGAUAACGUCACUCUUUCUAUUGUGAGAAAAUAUUUGGAUUUCAAGGUGAUGGAGGCGUGGGUUGAGAUCGCCGGAGAGCUCAGAGCUGAGGGGGUGAGGCCCGUCACUCCAGAUGAGGAGGCCCUGGAGGCCAUCGGGCAGAUGGCAGGAGACACGACCAGGACCGUGGCCCUGCGGCAGGCUGAGCUAAGGGAGAGCCAGAAGCAGCAGGACAUCCAGCAGGAGCAGCUCAUGUACACAGAGAUACGCUUCAACCACAAACAGCAGGAGCUCGUAGCAAAAUCAUGGGAGCAUCACGUGGCGAAGACAUCUGACUACAAAGUGCUAAUGGAAUCAAGGGACCGUCAGGAAAAGUCCAUUCAGUCUUCCAGGUCAAAGGCCAGACGGGAGGACUCACUUUUCCACUCUACUCAGAUUGCUGGAUUACGCACAACACAUUUCUGUGGCCACGUGCUGUCGGUGGAGAGUACUCCAGUGCACCUGGUGGGGGGGCCCCUGGCGAACACGGACCUGGCCCUGCAGGCAGCCCCCAUUCGGGGGGGAGCUCUGCAGGCACACCCAGCCAGGGCGUCGGAGCUGGAGCACUUCCACCGGAGCUCGGUUCCAGCCAAAUGAAGGCCUACCUGCACUUACUGUCCUGUCCCAUACACCUUUUUCUGAUCAGGAAGGUCCAUACAAUUGUACUGUAUGCCAAUGUAUUAUUCAUUAGUGUAAAACAGUGUUCUCCUGUUCUUGGAGAGCAACAGCAACAACCAGGGUGUGCUGGCUGUUAUUUUUACCUUAAUAUCAGCAACCCAGACUCAAGAAACCAGAGGUGAGUUAACAGUGUAAUCAACUGCAUUAAUUGAUCAAUUAAGUGCAGAGUAACAACAAAAGCCAGCACACACUACAGCUCUCCAGGACCAGGAGUGAGGAUCACUGGUAUAAAAUAUAAAGCUUAUCAGUCAGGUAUCCAGUUUCUAUUAAUCUGUUGUAGACGAUUGAAAAUAAUAUUAACAUAUUAGUGAAGUCUGCAUUUCUAUUUUUUGGUUCUUUUUUUGCCAAUGCUUGAAAUUGAUUGUUCCUAAAUAUUUUAAGUUUACAACUUGUCUUAUUUAUAAAAAAUGUUUGUUUGUUUUGACAAAAUUAUG